CGAAACGUUUGCAAAAAUUAUAAAAAAGCUCAAAUGAAAUUCGAAUUAUUCGCAAUUCAGUCGAGCUCUCGUUCCCGGUAAGAUGAUUUUGAUAAAAAUCCUUUGCGUCUGGAUAGCUGCGAUAGAAAUAACGUUAUGUUUCUCGCCGGGUGUCAUUAUGGCUAUAGCCAAAGUCCACACAGCCAAGGCCAAAGCCAAAGCUUCGGCUAUAAAUUGGAAAAUCAAGAACGCCAUGGGGAAAUCGAAGAAUAAAUACAAAUCCUUGGGCUCUAAGAGAUACACCAGAGAAAUCGAUUCCAAAAACAACUACCCACCGCACGAAACUCAAAAAAUAGGAGAAGAUGGCGGAAGUUACGAAAUUUACGGAACCCCCUAUGAUUAUCGAGGGGUCGCGCCUUCGUACGAUUAUCGGGGAAGAUCGGCGGAAGAAAACGACGAUGUUCCGAUUUUCUACCAGCAUUUUCCGAGUUUCCACGAAAAACCCGGCGACAUCGGGUUCCAAUUCGACGGGAAAUCGCCCAAUUUCGAAUGGAGUUUCGACGAUUCCCAGACCAAUUUAAAUUUCGCCAUGGAGAAACACAAAACGAGAGAUUCAUUACCGAUACUAGGAAGCACCAUUAGUAACAUUGAUGAUAACAAAUUAGCAAAUGAACCAGCAAAAGAAGAACAAAAAACCCAAAACUCAGAAGGGGACCAAAAAGCGAGGUUCGUCCAUUUACCGUUGAAAAAACCAUUGGUACAACCAGAGUACCAAGACCCGUACGAUUAUGACCCCUACAAACCUGAAGAUAAGAAGGAUAUGGUCCAUUAUCUGGACGAGCAGAACAAAUACUUCGGAUUGCCCAAGAAAGAAUUCGAUGAUAUCGAUUAUCACGAACCGGAAGAGUCUGGAUACGAUCAGGAUUACACGCCGAACGGACCAUAUGGCUACACUAUACCCAGACACUACCCCGUACCCCAUCCAGUCAAAAUCAUCCCUCAUCCAUACAAAACUGUCGCCCAUCCAGACAAAGUGAGCAAACUGAUGGACGCCAAACACGACGGUAUGGACAACCUGGUGGAAAUCCUCCACGAAAAAGGCGACCUCCUCUUCGACAUGCUCCGACCUCUGGCCACCCACCUGGACACCGAGGUCCUCAACAAACUGGAGCACCUGGAUAAUCUCAAACAUCUGAUAGAAACGCCCAAAAUCCCAUACGUCAGCCCGCCCCUGCAACCCCCGGAUGUCCAUUAUUACGCGCCCAGGAGCAGCUCGACCAAUGGUACCGAUCCCAUCGUGGGUUGGAUCAUCCAGGUUCCUACGAACGUCAAAAGGAUCAGAGAAAGAUCAGUGGCUUCCAGCAGUGAUGAUGGGUACCUCAACAAGCUGAUCGAUCACGGAUCCGAGGCUUUCAAAGCCUUGAAACGCAUCGGCGGCGGUAACGAGCAAAUUGUAGCCUUAGCGCGGUUUGGCGACAACGUAAUGGAGCACCUGAGGAGCAAAAUUCACAAGAAACAGAAACGUAGCGUCUAUAUGGAUGAUUUUCUAACGGAUCCUUCGACCAAAAUCGACGUUUCGAAGAUUCUGGAAAACUUGGGGACGUUCACUAAAAGGCUCUUCGAGCACCAGGAUACUCCCAUGUUGCACGUAAGGAACCUAGUAGGCUCCACUAAGGACACCGUACUGGCCACCAUGAAGAUACCCAAUCAAAAUUUUAUCACCCCCUCAAACUACGACAUCAUCGACAACGAUAACAAAGACGAUCCGGAAAUCGUUUCCAGAAGCUUCGGCGAAGAACCCGGCACGUUCUGGCCACAAGAAAUGGUCGCCAACACGUUCCAGCAAGUGGGUCAAGUGAUCAGGAACAGCGUAAAAUCCGGACAGGAGGCCAUCAAUCACGUCGGGGAGAUCACCAAUCACGCCAAAAAGGCCAUCAUCAGCGCCAAAAAGGCUCCGGAAGUGAUCAUGGAUUCGCUGAACGAUCCGAUACCAUUGAUAUCCGCUUCGGAGCCUGUUAGAAUCAACUCCAGAUUCGGGGAAGACCAGGUAGUUGGCGAUGCGCACAAUGCCAAAAGCAAGGCGGAUGGAAAGUUCAUAAACAUCGGUCAUUUGCUGGACGCUGUGGGUAUAUCGAAGCCUAGCGACAGCCUGAAUAGCAUCGAAAAUGAUGAAAAUACGAAUAAGAUAUACAAAAAAUUGGAUGGAAUGAAGUUCGUUGAGGAGACGACGAGGAAAUUGAAGAAACUUAGUGAGCCGUGGAAGGUGAAAUGUAGAUCGAAAAGGGAGGUCUACCCGUACGGUUACGAGGGAAUGGUUGGGGUGAGUUUUAUACCGCCGGGAUUGACGCAUCCGUUUAUGAAUAUGCAGAAUUUCGGACGAAGAGAGGCGGAUGAUCGAUUGGAAAAUGAUUUCGAGUCUAGUUUUGGUGAUUUUGAUGGGCCCCAAAUGAGCGAUGGGCGGGAGCAAUUCGUCCAACAACCUUUUAUGUGA